UGAGCUCUCUUAAGUAUCAGUCUACACACUUCACCACAUCAAACCAAGUUGGUUUUGCAAGAAUGUUGAUGCCAUUGUGUUUCAAGGACGUCCACAGCUUCUUUUCAGCCCUGUUGAGAUGGAUUUUGAUGAUGGUAUCAGGCACACUGGUGUCUCUUGGGAUGAUCAGUCGUCCAAAGAUUCGCACCAGAGAGCAGAAAGAGGCAUCCAGCGCACAGGUGACCACUCCAAGCAGUGUGAACUACCAUUUUACCCGGCAGUGCAAUUACAAAUGUGGCUUUUGCUUCCACACUGCGAAGACCUCGUUCGUCUUGCCUAUUGAAGAGGCAAAGCGAGGGUUACGACUUCUGAAAGAAGCAGGAAUGGAAAAAAUCAACUUUUCAGGUGGAGAGCCCUUUCUUCAUGAGAGAGGCUCUUUUCUGGGAGAGUUGGUCCGAUACUGCAAACAGGAGUUGCUGCUUCCGAGCGUCAGCAUCGUUAGUAAUGGCAGUCUGAUCAAAGAAUCCUGGUUUCAGAAAUACGGUGACUACUUGGACAUUCUUGCAGUAUCUUGCGAUAGUUUUAACGAAGACACCAAUAAAGUCAUUGGCCGAGGUCAGGGCAAGAAGAGCCAUUUAGACAAUCUGCAUAAAGUUUGUUCCUGGUGCCGGGACUACAAGGUGGCUUUCAAAAUCAACUCCGUGAUCAACACCUACAAUGUGGACGAAGAUAUGACAGAGCAGAUCACUGCUCUGAACCCAGUGCGCUGGAAGGUCUUCCAGUGUCUGCUAAUUGAUGGUGAAAACGCUGGGGAGAACAGCCUCCGCGAGGCAGAAAAAUUUGUCAUUAGUGAGCAGCAAUUCCAAGACUUCCUGGACCGCCAUAAGAGCGUCAAGUGUCUGGUUCCAGAGUCUAAUCAAAAGAUGAGAGACUCUUACCUGAUUCUUGAUGAAUAUAUGCGCUUCUUGGAUUGCCGAGAGGGGAGGAAAGAUCCGUCAAAGUCCGUUCUGGAUGUUGGUGUGGAAGAGGCCAUCAAGUUCAGUGGUUUUGAUGAGAAGAUGUUCCUCAUAAGAGGGGGGAAAUAUGUGUGGAGCAAGGAAGAUAUGAAACUGGAGUGGUGACCUUUCUCAAUGUUGCUUUUUUACUCUGUGUUUACAUUGAAAGCUGAUUUAAUUUAUAAAUGCUAAACAAUAAAUAAUUAUACAGUAUAUAGUUAAAGUCCCAGAUGAAACUUUGGUGCCUAUGUCUGUAUAUUCAAUAUUUUUAUAUAAUAUAAGGAGAUUCUACUGCACUGAAAUACUUAUAGACAUUGAUUAUUUGUAGUUCUAUGCUCAAUUUUUUAUUUGUAUUAUGUUUGAGUAUUUGCAUUACCCAAAGUAUGUUUUUAACUCUUACUUUGCUGUCUUUACUUUGACUUUUUAGUAGAAGUAAGUGUUUUUAUGUAAUCCUAUAGGAAAUCCUAUUCUGUUUUUUAAUUAUGUGCACUCUGAAGGCAUGAAGACACUUUGAGUUACAAUUAAGACUUAAUGCACCUUAGAUUCUUUAAUUGUCAUACAGUAGAACUGGCAAUUUACUUAAGCCACAGUUUAAGGCUCCUCAGAUCACAGUGUUGGAAUCCUUUAAGCUCCUUUUCUAUAAGAGGAGUUUUCUUGUUCUUGCAAGAACUCAAAAGACUAUCAGUGAGACCCUCCUGUAACCCCACCCCAUUAUAAUGGGAAAGCUUUAAAUCACUUCUAUCAUAGAAAAGUUCACUGAGGCACCUUGAAAAAGAAAUCUAUUGAAAUCAAAAUGAUUCCUCGAUACCUUUUCAUUUUACAGUGAAGUUGAAACUUUAUAUUGUAUUUUAUUGCAUUAUUUUACUAUGUUAAUAAAUAUUUUUUGACAA